AUGCCUGAGCUGUUACGCACUCCAGCAACUUUUGCAUCUGUGCGGGCCACGAGAACUUCGUCGAGAAGAGACAAGGCCAUUUUCAUGAUAGCUGAAGAUGGGGACACCGAGCCUCACGAAUCUCCGCUUACGCAGACGAAUGGAACCACAACCGGAAUAAAGAUCAUUCAUUCGACGGUAACCAACCAGGUUGAUCCAGAAAAGGAGAAUGAAGUCGGUGGUGAGGACGAAGCUGAGCUGGGUGCUACUCUAGAUUCGGCGACUCAUCUACUCAAACCAGACAAUGCCCUCGGGAUGGGUCAAGGAUCAGUUCUAAUCGAAGCAAGAAAUCACGGUCAAGAUCUUGAACCCAGUAUCCUCCCAGAUCUCCAACCCAACCUUGAGGCAGAGGAAACCCCCGGCCAACCAUCUACUAGGUCCGUAUCCAUGCUGGAGCCACCUGAACACGGAAAAGCAAAACAGAAGAAGCGCAAGAAGCGUACGAUUGUGGUGCUGCCACGGAAGAAGAAGCGACUGUCAGAGCAGUCUGCUGUUUCCAAUGAUAGUAAUGUAAGCCUCACUCAAAACUCAGAAUUUCAGGCCCAGUCAGAACCCCAUGCCCUCUUACCUGAGAUUCCUACGAGCCUAGAGGCAGGAGACACCAGCGAAAUAUACCCAUCACCUGGGCCUUCUCACUCUCCCAGUCCGGCAUCGGGGCGCGAUAUUUCUCCAGGGGCAAUGGAGGACGAGGGCGAUGAAACCUAUAUUCAAGGGGCAUCUCCGGAACCAAAGACUCCCGCUUCAAACAGGAAACUAAGCAAGCCACGAGCGAAGCCUGGAAAUCCUCGUAUUAACCAAGUACGCGCGAGGAGAAAAUCAAUUAGGCCGACUUUCCCUAUCUUGACACACCGGCUGACCAACAUACCGACUCUCCCCACAAUCAAUGAAGAAAAUGACCACCAAAGCCAGAUUGUGGAUGAUGAACGACCUACAUUGGAUCUACCCGCUGAGCGACCACAGCCAAACGUCGUGGACGUUCUGGCACAGAUAUGCCGGGAGACUAUUGCCAAUCUACUCAAGAACAUGUCACAGAACGUCCAACGAUCCGAACGAACACCUGUCAAAAUCAAGCAAGCGGCAUUGGAAGCAUUUGGCGAGGAUCUGGAUGAAGAGUUGUUUCAGAUGUCUGCAGCUCUGGAAAAUCGUAUUGAUCUUGAGGCUCGUGUUCGGAAGAGUAAGCGAGAGAAGUCUAGCUUGCAAGCAGAAUACAUCGAGAUUCGGAAACAGAGAGAGCAGAUUGCCCUGAAGUGUGACUCGGUCAGACGACGCCAUUGGGAGUGUGAGCAGGAUGCACGAGAGAAGUGGAACAUCAGCGAGGCUGCGAGACGUGUUGAGCUCGACGUGGAUCGAGCUGAAGAGGGGCCUAACGAGGGUAUCGAGUUUCUGUUACGAAGCGUUACGAACAAUGUGAGCAAUUUGUCUGAUGCCGGAGGGAUUCUGGAUAAUGCCAAAGCACUCAAUAUGCAGUUGGAGGCUAUGGCUUUGUUGCUGGAGAGACAGAGUUGA